AUUGUAAACACAAGGAUAUGGCUGACGACAGGGGUGGAGACGAAGACAACGUUAACGAUAACAUGGGCAACCAGCUCCAGCUCUUUCCAGGCAACGAGGAAGAGGAAGAGGAAGAGGAGGAGGAAUAUGACAUGGAGACUGAAGACCGAGACAAUGAGGAGGCAACGAAGCCAAGCAUUAUCACGUUUGACCCCAGUCUACCCACUUCACACGCUUACCUGGGCUCAGACAUGGAGGAGUUUCACGGCCGCACCGUCCACGACGAUGACAGUUGUCAGACCAUCCCUGUGCUGCCACACACUGCUGUGAUGCUGGUGCCUGGACAGACCCUGCCCCUGCAGCUCUUCAGGCCGCAGGAGGUCAGCAUGAUGAGGAGUGUUAUACAGAGGGAUCGAACCUUUGCUGUGCUCGCACACAGUGAUGCAGGCGAGCCAGACGCAGAGUUCGGAACUACAGCAGAAAUCUACGCAUACCGGGAGGAGCAGGAGUACGGCAUUGAGACCGUCAAAGUGAAAGCUGUGGGCAGACAGAGAUUCAAAGUCCAUGAAAUAAGAACUCAAGCAGAUGGGAUUCGACAGGCCAAAGUCCAAAUCCUUCCAGAACGAAUCCUUCCUGAUCCUGUAUCUGCUGUUCAGCUAACUCCACUCUCCAGGCUCAUUGUGCACCCUUCCUCCAAGCCCCCAACUCAGAGCUGCAAGCAGGCGGAAUGCUGGUGGAAUAGCUACCAACAGAGAAAGUUUUACUGUGCCAGUUUGACCCCCUGGCCACCGUGGGUCUAUGCCCUCUACGACUCUGAGUCGCUCAUGAACCGAGUGAAGAAGCAACUCCACGAGUGGGAUGAGAAUCUGAAGGAUGACUCUCUCCCUACAAACGCCGUAGACUUUUCCUACAGAGUUGCCGCCUGUCUGCCCAUAGACGACUCGCUCAGGCUCCAGCUUCUGAAGAUCGGCAGUGCCAUUCAGAGGCUUCGCUGUGAGCUGGACAUCAUGGAUCGGUGCACAUCACUAUGCUGUAAGCAGUGCCAAGACACUGAAAUCACCACCAAAAAAGAAAUCUUCAGCUUGUCGCUGUACGGCCCCAUGGCUGCCUAUGUCAAUCCACACGGUUACGUCCACGAGACUCUGACUGUCUACAAGGCUAACAACCUCAACCUGGUCGGCAGGCCGUCCACGCUCCAUAGCUGGUUUCCAGGGUACGCUUGGACAAUCGCCCAGUGCCGAACCUGUGGCUCUCACAUGGGUUGGAAGUUCACGGCCACCAAGAAGGACUUGUCUCCACCUCGUUUCUGGGGUCUGACUCGCUCGGCCAUGCUCCCCCGUAUUCCCCCCAGCGAGGGCGACGACGGGCGGGACAGCUCGCGCCUCUUCUGCCUGUGACAUCUGACCUUUUUUCCUCGUCGUGUAAAAACUGAGUCCUGUCUGGUUGUGUUGCCUCCAAAUAAUCACUACAUCACAAGCUGUCACCCUUGGCAGUAAAUCCAUCAUAUUAGCGGAAAGGUCAUCCAACCUUUACAUGGUACUUGAGCAGCAUAUGCUAUAGGAGGAAGGUAGAUUGUUCUUGAAGCUUCUUUAUAUAUAUAUAUAUUUAUAUAUAUGGAUGCACUCGUGAAGACAAAAGAUACAUGCUUCCAUUCGUGCUACUUUGAGCGUGUAGCUCCGUUUUGUGCGCCUCUGUCCAGCUGUUUAAAGGCACUCUGACUGAAAAGCAAAAUGAGAGUGUCACGCUUUGGCCCUCCAGCUCUUGUCCUCCAUGUGGCGGGGGGGGGUUGAAGCUUGAACAGCCAGUCUGCUUCAGACACUAGAAUCGGUUGUCCUGCCCAAAAAGAAUCAUAAAUCUCAUUAAGAGAGCGUUUUUUUUCUUCUUUUUUUUUUUUCAUUAUUAUUAUUUUUUUAAAUGUUUUUUUCUGUUUUUGUUGUUGCUUUAUUGAUGCCUGUCAUAGUCAAUGUUUGCUUGCAUACGCUCAAGCUGACUUUAUGGGUUUUAUUUUUGUAUGCAGAUAAGUUGGUGAUGACUAUAAUGGACUACUUAUGUGAGGACCUUUUUGUGAAUGGAGGGUGCUUUAUGCUCUCAUGGUAGUAACAACCCUUUUAAAGGUCACAACUAAUUUCGACUAAGUGGGAGAGGAGUAUUUAACCAUCAUUUAGAAUGUUACAACUGUUGACUCGUUUUUUUCUCCUCAAGCAAGAAAUGUACAAAUGGCAAAAUGAUGUCAUUUCUAAGUCUGUGCUUUGAUUGGGUUUCUUUUAAGGUUGUAAAGCUGCUGUUUUCGGCAUUGACAAAAUGUGCUGCAAGAUGCUGGUUCAUGGUAAUAAAUUAUCUUAAUUAAAAUUGCACUGAUUGCAAUAUGCGCCAUGGCUUAGAACGUGAAUAUUUUGUUGGCAACCAUUGACUGCUUUUGGAUCUGUGUUUAAAAAUUAACCAGAGAAUUUGAAAAUUGAGUGUCACCACCCGUUUUAGUUUUUUUGUCAACUGUUGUGACGGUCUAAGAUGUUGAAACAAAAGAGGGACCGCCCUCAAUUCUGUCAGUGAGCCACAACUUUUGCACCAAAUGAUCAUAUCGCAGUGAGGAAUAAUUGAACUCCUUUUUUUAACUCACAUUUUAUGCCCAGCUGUCCUGACAGAUUAACUUGAUAUUGUGUAGUCUGUAGAAUAUCAGUGGCAUUACUCUCAAUGAAGCACAUAACCCAAACGAAAGCUAUUUCACAUAGCAAAAAGUCGUCAUGUCGCACUGUGCCAUCGUUAUCACUGCAUAAUGGACUAUGAUGUUCAAUGACUAGCCUCCAAAACAAAACGCGUGAAGAAUGACCCACAGAUGUGUGAACAUCUCCUCUGUUCCUAAAAUGGAAAGAACCAGAGCUAGAAAAUGCUAGCUACUGUAUUUACACGCUUUGUACAGUAUAGUAGCUGCACCAUCUGCUGUCUGUGGCUACUAUGUUGCCAGUUAUGUCUUUAAACGAUUAGGCUGGCUAGUCAUUUGUAUUUAAGCAGUGAACCGAUAUCCUUGUCUGUUGCUAGCCAAGUUAUGUACAAUAAUUUCAAUGUGUUAAAACGAGAUUAUGUUAUCGUAUAACAACAUCCAUCCAUCCAU